CGUGAAGUAUCGGCACAGAGAUUCAUGAAGCACACUGCGAGUGUUUUACAAGGUUUCAUUUGAAGUCAUUCAGGCGUUUGUGGUAGUGAGGUCAUUUCAAAAGAAUUCGCACUUUUGUGAUUAAAUGAGCGCUCAGGCCGUCACUGUGGAAAAUACAGCGGAUAAAACUAAUGUUCUGAUGGACCAGCAAGUGCAACAGAGAGGCAGUCUGAAAAACCAUUUGUUUAGGGUUGAAGCGCCGGACAAUGAGAAGACAAAACCGCAGAUCCAGAGAGAUGGACCCAGAGGUGUUUUCAUGACAGAUCCAACCUCUAAAAUGGAAAGUGUCAGCACGCUGAAAGCAUCCUACGUCCCUCCAAAGGGUCCAGGGGUGAGACUGCAGGGUAUCAGAGGCGAGCUUCGGGAAAAGCAUCUCACACAGAUGAUAAGUGAGAAGCUUCAUGCUGAAAUGAAUGCACCUCCUCCCAAAACAGACUUCACUUCCACAUUCCAGAAAGAUUUCUGCAUUGAGGGAUUCGUGCCUGUUACCCCAAAAACAACACAAGUUCAUGAUUACAAAAAUGACCCUGCUGUCACAUUUUGGAGUGAAAAUUUGCACAGGAUACAGGGUGUGACCACAGUAAAAAAUUUGAAAGCUCCCUUCAGGAAGUCGGCCACCUUCAGCACACCAAUCAGUGAGCAGCUGGAUGAAAUCGAGGUCCCACCCGACAACUGAGAGAAGUAUGUUGCCGUAUAAUCUGUUACUGAUAAAUAAAUAUGCUAUAGUACCUUUGAAUUAUACUUUACACAUUACUGAAGUGUGAGGAUUUGCUUCUUUUCUCCUUUUGGUAUUGCUAUAAACACAAUAUUCUUAGUCUGACAAAAUGAAAAUGAGUGGCAUGGUGACAUCACCUCUGCCACAGGGAACUCAUGAAGAGGAAU